GAAUUCCACAAAUAAAAAGAUAAGGGCGUUGAGUGGCGCAUUUCCCAGCCGUAAUCAUUAGUCAACCUGCAGGGCUUGCCAAAACUAACACAGGCUCCUUGUGCAAAGCGGCAGCACACCCUGGUAGGUAACCAAAGCGCGAGUCCGCGGCUGGCGACGGACGUUUUCACGGAACACGCCAACGGCAGGAGGAGCUGGGAGCCCCCCCCCUGCUCGCACCGGCUGGACUCCCCGGCGAAGCCCGAUGGACUGACGAGCCGGUUUUGUCGCCUCGGCAGCUGACUGCUCUGCUCGGGGUCAUCGGCAUGGAAUGACACGGUGCUCUGUGAAAGCUGUCGAUAAAUACCCCGCCCUCCCCUCAUCAUUGACGCCUGUUCACUGCAGAGUCAGGAGCACACCCUGCUGUAUCCGGGUGUCCUCGCCGGGAUAGGCGGGACCGGUAGACUGUCAUUUCAUGGUUCCAAGACAAACCCGGCUAACUUCUUCAGCAGAGCAAACUAAUGGGGUCACUCAUGAAUGAAUCUAAAACCCUCAGUUGAUUUAUUUAUUUAUUUAUUUAUUUUUUUCCCUCUCAUGUCGUCAUUUAACAUAUAGUUAAGUCGGCGCAAACACCUGAAGGGGAGACGCCUGUUUGCACCUGUGGGUUGCAAUGGAUACCCUGCCAUUAGGUUGGACUGUGCAAACAGAUGGCCAGGAGGGAGAUGGGGCAGGGCUGUUGAAGGGGGGAGGCGCUGACAUCAACACAAACACACAUGUCCAUGAUCUGUUUCAUGAGGAUGCACAGGGCUUCCAGCAGUCAGGCCAGCCGUGGUGGAGGAUCAAACUGUUUGUGUGGGAGCCGGUGCUGUUCGGCACCUGGGAUGGAGUCUUCACCACCUGCAUGAUCAACAUUUUCGGUGUGGUUCUAUUCCUGCGCACCGGCUACUUGGUGGGGAACACGGGUGUGCUGCUCGGGAUGCUCCUGGUCUCCUCGGUCGUGCUGGUUGCUCUAGUGACGGUGAUGUCGGGGAUCGGAGUGUGUGAGCACUGUGGCAUUGGGAGUGGAGGAAUUUACUCUAUGAUCUCCACCGUCCUGGGUGGCAGGGUUGGGGGCACAAUGGGCCUCCUUUAUGUGUUUGGACAGUGUGUGGCUGGAGCCAUGUACAUCACGGGUUUCUCUGAGUCGGUGGCGGAGCUGCUGGGUCUACAGACUCAGUGGGCGGUGCGCGGCAUGUCGGCGGCGGUGCUGCUGGCCCUGCUUGGAAUCAACCUGGCCGGCGUCAAGUGGAUUGUGCGACUUCAGCUGCUACUGCUGGCCGUCCUGGCCGUCUCCACACUGGACUUUGUCAUUGGCACUUUCACGCACCUUGACCCAGAGCAUGGUUUCAUUGGUUAUUCAGCCGAGCUACUCAGCAAUAACACAAAGCCAGAUUACAGCCCAGGAGAAAACUUCUUCACGGUAUUUGGGGUCUUCUUCCCUGCUGCUACAGGGGUAAUGGCGGGCUUCAACAUGAGCUCAGAUCUUCAGCGGCCUGAACACAACAUCCCUGCGGGAACGCUGGCAGCUGUCUUCACCUCGUGGUUCCUGUAUCUGGUCUUUGUCUUCCUCCUCGGGGCCAUCUGCACCAGAGAAGCUCUGCGCUAUGACUUCUUGAUAGCAGAAAAGGUCUCCUUGGUGGGCUUCCUCUUUCUGCUGGGCCUCUACAUCUCCUCCCUGGCUUCCUGCAUGGGUGGCCUGUAUGGAGCACCCAGGAUCCUCCAGUGCAUCGCUCAAGAGAGAGUCAUCCCUGCUCUGGCCUUCCUGGGAAGAGGGAAAGGCCCAAACAGGACCCCAGUGGCUGCAAUCUGUCUGACCAGCCUGCUGACCAUGGCCUUCAUUUUCAUCGGGCAGGUCAAUGUACUAGCUCCCAUCGUCACGAUCAAUUUCAUGCUCACCUACAGCUUCAUCGACUACUCCUACUUCAGUGUGGCCAUGACCUUCCAGCUGCAGAGUAAAGAGAAGAGGGACACCCUCAUCCUGACCAGAAGAAACCAGCGCAGGUCAACCAGGCAGAGCUCCAGGCCGCUCAUCGAAGCCCCUCUCCCGAACUACGGGAGUGGAGGCGAGAGUCCGCAGAGUAAAGGCACUUUAUUGGAGUUCACCAAGGACAUGGAUCAGAUCUUUCCACCUGUCUCAAAUGUUCAUGCAUGGGCUGAGAAGACCACCUCUGUGCAAGAGCUGAGCAGCCGAAGCAAGAGCAGAAAGGCUACAGCUAAGCAGAAGCUGAUGGACAGUUUCCGUUUGGACCUGAACAGCAAUAUGUUCUCAGAAGAGAAAGGAGAGGAGAUAAGUUCAGCUCCACCAUAUGAGGAAGCUGAGAGGCAGUGUGGAAGCGGGCUGCUCAGGGCUGGAGAAGAGCCACAAGUCAAAUGCUGUAAAAAAAUAUAUCAUGUUGAACAGGAUUCGUCUGCUGACCCUCACAAUCACUGCACAGGGGCUGAAGGUAAAGCAGAACACCAGAGCUUUGAAAUCAAAGCCAUGCAGGAUUCAUCCUAUGCGAAGUUCUGCAACCCCUGGAUUGCUCUUUUCGGGGCAUUGAGCUCCAUACUGAUCAUGUUUGUUAUCCAGUGGGUUUACGCUUUAGCAAACAUAGUCAUGGCCUUGCUGCUCUUCUUCUACAUUGGGAAAACAAGUCCUGGACUACCUAUAGGUAUUGCAGCUCGAUUCAGCUUUUUCACAUGGCUCAAAUCAACACUGAAAAGCAUUUGCAGGGGAAAAGGAUCUCCCCAGGAUGAGAUUGUAGUGACACCUUCUCUGUCCGGGGUCGGGCUGAAAACCAGGCAGCUGACAAAGGAGAAUGCGGACUUUGCCUCUCGCCACCGCUAUCACCAAUCCUCAUUCAUCAGGGCCGACAAGAUGGUGCAACCACCGCUCCACUAACUGAAUUAAACACGACCUUGUUCGCAUGUCGUAGCUGACAGCCUGAGACCACAUAAUCUGCCUCAGACCGUGUCUCGUGUUGCCCUAUUGGCCACAUUCUGUACACACAUUCAUUUAAACAGAGACAUUCAGCGAGCGACCCCAAUCCUUUUCUUGUGGUGGUUGGAGGAAAUCUGAACUUCUUGCACAGUUGCACAAAGUGUGUGUGUGUGUUUGUGUGAGAGAAUGACAGAUGUCUGGGGACUGAAUGUAGUAGGAGUUGGUAGUUUUUUCUUCCUUCAAAGUAAACUGAAUUAAAAUAAAAUUAAAAAAAAUAAUACAUUUUCUCUUAAUAUACUCUAUGGCUUUAACUGACUGAAAUAUAUAAUAUUUUAUUGAGAGAUUCAACUAUGAGAAAAAUGAAGGAAUUAGAAGUGUCUUGGGGACUAUUUCAUUUGUUUUAAAACAUACUGAAUAUAUUUCAUAAAUAUCUUCUAUAAGGUCAUGCUGUUUGGGUGAACUGUGUUUGUCACGCUUGCAAAGAGUCUUGCAGCCUAACAGCAGAGCGGUGGAAACCACUUCCUGUUGGCAUCUUGUUGUCAGAGUAGCAACCUGCCAACAGACACAUGAUGAUCUAUAAACAUACUGGUGCCUUUUUUCUUUUUUUCUUGUCGACUGCUUUCUAGAUGACUUGGUUAGCAUGAGAUAACGCUUUGGGAAUCAGAUAGUUCUCAGCAGUGGAGCUGUUGCUCCGUGUUCUUCGGCAGCUUUUCACAACCAUCCUUUCCAUCUCUCACGGAGACAAGCCUCUGGGUUGUUUGUAAAACUGAUAUGUGAACUUCAGUUCCGGUGCGGUGGCUUGAAUAAAAGACACUUGUGGGACAGGACUGAACGACGUCAUUUUGUCAGCCAGUAAAGUGUGUUUCUCUCCUGCCAUUCAUAAAUUUCACCGUGGCACCCUAAUCUGUCCAGAUUUCUCAUUGGUCCUAACCAGAGCACACAACAGUACUGUAUAUCCAGUAAAUCAGCCUGACUCCAGCUAAAUUCCUAAAACCUGAAUUCACUAACGCAUGUGGGAUGCUUUGCUAGUGGACUGUGUUGGAGAUGUUUAUCCCAAAAUUGUCCAUUGUUUCUUUGCAUUACUUGUUUUUUGUAUGAGUACUAAUUGUUUUAAUGACCUGCCACCUAAAUUUAACUACUUGUCUCCAGAAGCUGCAAGUGUCAGUAAUCUAACAGCUGAAUAUUGCUGAACCUUACUGUUUUAUCGAGCCUAAUCCUUUGAGGGACUUUAUCAGGACUUCCUGUGCUGUCAUUUUUGACUUGUU